ACAGUGUAACGGAGAUCGCGUGUCUCAUUUUACUGUUAACAACUCCCUGCAAAAAGGCGCCACCCCACAACAGAGACUGUGUGAUUACAGAGGAAGGAGAGAAUACAGAUUAGAGAAAAGAGAUCAAAAGUGUUUUAGUGAGAGAAAGCUUCAUUCUCUCUCUCUAUAUAUAUACAUAUACAUACACCAUAUGUUUGUAUAUAUAUAGUUAGAUUCGUAGAUACAUAGAAAGCGAGGUUGACGAAUUCAUCAUCACGGCGGCCGGAAAAGAAGCGAUCAUUCGAUCAAUGUAGGAUUUGCAUUUACUCCUGUUGAUCUGCUAGUAUACUGUAUACCCAUUGAAGAAUGCUAGAAAAAUUGAUGUCAAUUUGUUUAAGAAACACUCUUGUUAAAUAAAGGGGAAUUCAUCAUUCAUGAAUGAACUGGCAUCUACAAACUGAAUUCAACAUCCUCCAUAGUUUGAGUGGAAGCUUAAUGGAUUUCUUUGAAGGACUUACAUAUGAGCAUGUCAAUUUCAUUUUUUCUGAUGUUACAUAUCCUCAGGAUAGCACAAACUAUACAAUGAAUACCAGUUCAUACAAGUUUGCAUAUUCAGAACCUGGGAAUUUCUCAUACUAUGAUUAUUUUAAUGCUUAUGCAAUCAAUGAUCCAAUAUAUGGGAACAAUGGAUUCACUAGACAACUAGAAAAUACUUCAACCAUGAAUAAUGAAAGAAGUACACCUGUACAUAUGCAACAAAAUGGACAUUCAAUUUCAACCUCCAAUUCCCAUACCAAUUCUUCAGAUAAUCAACAGAGUAAUCAUAAUCAUAAUCACAAUCAUGGUGAUCAACAUCAGGUUGUGUGGGAAGAUAAUGUUGAUCUUGACAACAUGACUUAUGAGGAAUUGCUAGAGUUAGGUGAGGUUGUUGGAAGUCAAAGCCGUGGUCUAUCUCAAGAAGCUAUUUCCCUUCUCCCUGUUUCAAAGUUCAAGUGUAGCUUCUUCUGGAGAAAAAAAUCAAAAAGCGAAAGGUGUGUGAUUUGUCAGAUGGAAUAUAAAAGAGGUGAACGUCAGAUCACUCUUCCUUGCAAACACAUCUAUCACUCGGGAUGUGGAACUCAAUGGCUUAGUAUCAACAAGGCUUGCCCUAUUUGUUACAAGGAGGUGGUGGUUCAUAUUCCAAAACAUUCUGAAAAAUUAAGUAAGUGAACAUAGAGAAAGGAAAGUGGUUUCUUAAUACCCCUAAUUUUAUUAGAGUAAUAUUUUUAUUUUUCUAAUUGGAUGAAUAUCUUAUGUGUUAAAUAAGAUUACAGAGUGAUUAGAGUUUGAAUUACCUUCCAUUUACCAUUUA